AUGACCAGGAAGGUGUUCACCAACACGAGGGAGCGCUGGCGCCAGCACAACGUCAACACCGCCUUCGCCGAGCUUCGCAAGCUCAUCCCCACCCACCCUCCGGAGAAGAAGCUGAGCAAGAACGAGAUCCUGCGCCUGGCCAUGCGCUACAUCAACUUCCUGGUGCAGCUGCUGGAGAGCCAAAACGGUCAGCCGGCCAGCCACUCCCCCACCGCUCUGCUCACCUUUCUCAGAGGAAACAUGGAACAGCUGCACUCCCCUCCACACCCCUGGGCCAUGACCAGCGACACAGAAGUCCCCUCACCUGGAUCCAGCUGUGACAGCUCUGAGGCCUGGUAG